AUGAAAUAGAAAUUUAUUCCAAUUAUUCAAACCACAAUCGCAUUAUAAGGACAUUAUUCCAUAUGUUAUUGUGAGAAGUGUUUAAUUCAUCAUGGCCCAACUAAGCGUUUCUUGGAGUAAUCACCUGAACAACAUUGGCCAAGGCUUGAGUGCACUACAACAGAACUCUGAAUUUGUUGACAUGACAUUAGCGGCCGAUGGGCAUUUUGUGAAAGUUCACCAACUGGUUAUGGCGAUCAGCAGUCCUUACAUUAAGAACCUGAUAGCUGCUGCCGCAUGCCCACAUCCUGUUAUUUAUCUAAAUAAAAUUUCCCAGUCAACAUUGUGCUCAAUUUUGGAGUAUAUUUACACAGGAGAGGUCACAGUUGCGAUAGAGAAUCUUCGCAAUAUCUUGGAAACAGCUAAAGACCUACAUAUAAAAGGAUUAGAAGAUAUGGAUAUAGCACAACUUCUCUCAGAGAAAUCAGAACAUAUCCAAAACCAGGAUAAACCGAAGAAUUUUUAUCAAGAACCAAAAAAAAUGGAAAGUGUAAAUUACUCGCAGAAUAUGGAAUUAAGUGACGUGGACGCAACGGAUGCACCUCAACCAUUGAUUGUAUCGGUAACCAGUGAAGCUGAAAAUAUCACAGAAGAGGUACCAAAGAAGGCCCAGUUGUAUCAUAAUUUAGGCAAAACCCCACUACAGUACACAGUAUCAAACAGAGGGUCGAUACAGUUAAUAUUCAAUAGAUUUGUAUAUUACCUCAAACAUACGAACAAAGAUAGGACGAGACAGUGGCGGUGUGUGGAAUAUGUCAAUCAUCACAAGUGUCCAGCCUUAAUAGUAACGAAAGAUGAAGUAGUCACAAAAAGAAUAUCGGCUCAUUCACAUCCAUUUCACGAUAAGCGUAUCCUAAAGAAGGUAAGAUCUGGAACAGUUUUUUCGACCCUCAAUGAAGCAGAGUCGACAGUUUCGAGUGAAAAAGUAAUGAAUAAAACAUGUGAAUAA